UUUCCUCUUGGUCAAUAUUUUUCAUUAAGCUAUGUUACAUUCUUGCUGCCGGUUCGCUUGUGAAAAAUACUGUCAACUUUGAGCUUAACACGAUGAAAUCCAUACGACUCGGAAUAUUCCUCAUUUUGUUGUUUUUAAUCAGCUACACUACUGCUCAAAACGAAUCGAAUUCGACCGUAGUUGACGAUGAUCAGCAAGAAAUCAAACAGGAUGAAGAAAUACAAGCUCAGACAGCAGUUGACGAUGCUCCUGUAGUCGAAGAACACGAAGGAAUACAAGCCCAGCCAGAAGUACACGAUGCUCCCGUAGUCAAAAAAGGUAAAGAAAUACCACCAGCCCAGACAGCAGUUGACGAUGCUCCCGUAAUCGAAAAAGGUAAAGAAAUACCACCAGCCCAUUCAGCAGGUCGUAAUACUCCUUUGGUCGAAGAAGAUGAAGAAAUGCGAGCCUUUACAGCUGCCAUGGCCUUGGCAAAACAACGACUUGUCGUCCAGACUGUCAGGAUCGUACACCAGGCCCAAACAACUGUCGGAGGCGUCAAACGCGGUCUAAGAAAAUCUCGAUGUCUGUUCAGAAGAUUCAACCAAAAAGUUAAACAGAAUUUGAAAAAACUCGCCGAGAAACUAAGAUACCAGAAAGAGAGACUUAAGCAAACAAUUCGCAGGAUUUUGAAAAAAAAAACGCUGGACAAAAGUUAAGCCGGUUGUUUGAGAUUUUAUUUAUUUUUUGUAUGAUAUAAGAAUUACUCGUACUUGAUGCUAGAGGCCUGAUGUGAUGUGAUCUUUGGGGAUGAAAGGCUUUCGUUAAAAUUUCAUUUGGUAAUCUUUUUUGCUGGUAAAUCGAUCGUGAAGUAGUUUAAAUUUAGAUUGGGAAAUUUUUCGAUUACACUGAAGAACGAGGUUUUCGAAACUUGAUACUGGCGAAUUAUAUCAUUGGCGAGUUGAUUCAUCAAAAAUACAAUUUGUAGAAUAUUGAGAAACCUUUUUUUUUUUUUUUAAAAUUAAUUAGGUACUUGAUAUGUAAGAAUAAAAUAGUAUUAUUUUUUAAUUAAUAAUAGUUAUUUUUGUGAAUUGUGAUUGAGUAAAGGAUUUAUUGCCCAAUCGUUGGCGAGCAAUUUGAUCAUAUUUUAGAUCAAUUGAUUACGAACAGUAAAGAGAUAACCGUGGUAAUCUGUAUUUUUUUUCACGAGUUGAAGAGUGAUUCGUUCGAAAGAUUUUGAAUCGAUCGUUCACAUCACGUUUAUAAAAGAAUUGUGAACUACUCGAUUACUGAAAUGAUCUGUUAAUUAAUUUUUUUUGCUCGUAUCGGGUCGACAUGCCUAACUCCUCAACAUGAAAAAGCCCUCAAUCUAAAUCUAAAUCUGAACACCCUUCUCCUAGCUGUCAGUACUUGAGGAACUUAACUGCGUCAUCAUCAAGUGUCCGAUUUAAUUUUCCAGGAUUGUUUUUUCUUUUUCCUGAUCAUUCACACUCAAAUAAGUGCUUCUGAGUCUGAACUUUGCCACAUUCACACAAAUCAUCAUCAGCCAACUGCCAUCUAUGAAGGUUGUACUUGGAUCGUGUGACUUGGCUCCUCAAUCUGUUAAGUGUUUUCCACAGUCCAUAUUCCAGAUGUUCUCCACUUGGUAGGGCUUCCUGCUUGGUUCUUCCCUCAGCACCUGCAUUCCAUAUGCGACAUCUAUCUGUGCUGGGAGUAUCUCUUAGUUCUUUAACUGUUUUCAUGAAACUGUGUCUUGAUCUGAGGCGGGUCUCUGCCAGUUCUUCAUACCCAUACAUAGGAUGCAGCAGAUUUUUGUAGCAUCUUUGUCUUCAAGUCUGACUGCUGCUGGGGCAAAUCCACUCAACUCAUAUUGGUGUUGGGUGUAAGCACCCUGUCAGCAAUCAACAUGCUUUGUUUAAGGGUAUAUCAACUUUACUUGCAUUUGCCAAAUGACUCCAAACAGGGCAGGCAUACUCCCCCAUUGAAUAGCACAGUGUCAGCGCAUUGUAGUUGCCUCACAGUGCCUUUUGUAGGUCAAGGACCUAUCUAGGGUUACACCUAGGUAUUUGGGGUUAUCUGCAUGUUUAAGAUCUGUUCCACCACAUCAAAUAUUCAAUUUCAAUUGCCGAUUUCUGAGACAAAAAGAGCAUUUUUCUGCCUUUGUUGGAUUUGGUUUGAGGUGGUUAUCUUUAUAGUAUGGUGCAGCUCCUCUAUAGCCUGGUUUAGCGUCCCCCCCGCCUCUGCAAAUGUAUUAUGUUGGGCAGUUAGUGCAAGAUCAUCUGCAUACAAAAAGUGGUUAGUAUCUGGCCUGAUUGGUUGGUUUUUGGUGUAAAUGUUGAAGAGAAUUGGUGACAAAACACUGUCCUGGGGCAAUCUGCUCUUUUGCUGCCUCCAAGUGCUGGUUUUACCAUUGAGUGUCACAUAAAAUCUUUAGUUUUUCAUCAACAUAGUGACUAUCUAUGUAAAUUUAAAAUCCUUUGUAAGUUGGUACACCUUAUACUACCCGUACAACAAUUGUUGACGUCGACAUUUACAUCGACUACAUUUUUUUCCAACAUGAUGAUGGAAAAGUGACCAAUAAGUUAUUUAAUAGGAAUCUUCUGUCCAUAAAGAAGCCAGGUUAAUGAAAAUUUUCGAAAUUUUCUCAUUAUUUCUGAUACCUCGACAUGCAAUGUUGACAUGUUGAUGUAAAAUUUGAUGCUUGAAAUUUACAUCCACAACACUAUGUUGACCAAUUUUUCAGAAUUAAAAUUUCUGUUUCAGUGUUUAAAAGCUCAGUAAACAUUUGAAAAGAUGAUCUUUGUUUGAAGGGAGAAAAAUUUUUUAAUGGACUUGAUAAAAUUAUUCACUUUUCCAUAGUUUGGAGUUGUCGAUGUGAAAGUCGAUCAUCCACAAAUACAUCGACACUAACAUCAACCAAAUUUUCAAAGAUUUUUCAAAUUUGAAAAAUUAAGUUGAUAUUGUGGAUGUAUUUGUUGAUGUCGAAUUUCACAUCAACAUUAACAUCAACAUGUCGUCAACAUGAAAAUGUAUUAGUUUAGUACUCUUAAAUAACCUAUUGCACCUUUCAGUAUAAAGAGUUUAAUGUUCAACUAUACUGAAUAUGGACUUUUUGUCUGUACUUCUCGGAGGUGGCCUCUGUGUCGAUGCUGCUUUCGCUUUCAGCAUGAGCUAUGGCCACCUAUGUGUGUAAAAGAAAAUGAUUUUUGGAAAAAAAUUUCAAUUUUGAAACUAAAAUUUAAGAAUUUUGCAUAGCUGGAGGUCGACAUAAAUUUUGAUGCCAAUGUCAAUCCAUCCACAUCCGUCACAUUUGGACUUCACAUGUUGAUGUAAAUUUUGACCCUGUGUCGAGCCAAUUGUCAACAUAAAUGCUGAUCAACAUUGGUCGACAAUGACAUCAACAAUUGGCUCGACACAGAGUCAAAAUUCACAUCGACAUGUGGCAUCCAAAAGUGACGGAUGUGGAUGGGCCGACAUUCACAUCGAAAUUAGCAUGGUCAUUGUUGUACGGGUAUGUACUGGAGUAGUUGGUGGCACACUGUGUUGAAAGCAGCUGUAGGGUCGACAAACACCACUCUGCGACUUCCUUCUUUUCAAAGCCAUUUUCAAUGUGCUGUGUUAGGUGUAAUAUCUGGCCAAUGCAUGAUUUCCCUGGUCUAAAUCCAGCGUUCCAGCCUGCUGUCUGAUCAGCCCCUCAUUAGACAUGUCAUGUGUGCCAUUAGGAAAUUGCACGUUGGGUCGGUGGCGGAGUGAUUUAUCUGUGUGGUGGUGUUUUAACGGUGUGCGCCAAAUUUCACGCCGGCUUUAAAUUGAUGGCAGCCCGGCAUCGUGAACAUGGCAUAGGGUUAUUCAGAUGAAAUAUUUAGCCUAACAACCCCAUAGUUUUGUCUGUAAAAAAGAGAAAAUUUGGUAAUGCAGGUUUUUGAAUUUUAAGAUCUACACUUUCAACUUUGAUCACUAUUCGACCCAAAAUAUAAGGGGGACUUCAAUAGGAGAGAAUUGAAAAUUAAAAAAAAAUUUGACAUCAGUACCAAAAUUUGGGGUUUUAAGAGCUCUAAGAUAAUUUUUAAAGACCAUUCUUUGUGCGGUUUCACGCCAAUAAGAUAUCGGUGUGUCAAAAUUCAAAUUAUCGGCAGCAGUGUGAAAUUGGCGGCGCACAUGUCUAUCCCUCAUCUAUACAAUCAGUCAUGCGUUUCAAAAUUACUCUUUCAAAAAUCUUGUACAGGUGACACAGCAGGGAGAUAGGCAGGUGUAACUCUUUGGGUCAUUUGCAUCUUUGCCUGGUUUCUGUAAUGCAAUAACGUGUAACGUGUGCCUGUUGCCACAGUCUUGGCAUUCUUGAAGUUUCUAUACAGGCAUUAAACACUUUUUGGAUCCAAUUUAUUACCUUUGGUCUAAAGUGUUUAAUCUAUUCAGUAUACAUGUUAUCCACACCAGCAGCCUUCCUAUUUUUGGACAAUUUGAUUGCAGACUCUACUUCUUUGUUGGUAAUUGGUGUGGCAAAGUUAUUCACUUUCACAUCCAUGCAUCUUCCCACUUUCAUUCGGCUGCUUUUACUACCAGUCUUGCCAUUUAGAAGGAGUUGAUGUGCUACUGGGUUAGCUGUAACCUGUCUUAGCUCCAUCAAGUCUCUUCAACAGUGGCCAGGCCCUUUGGCUAUCUCUGCAGAAAUCUAGAUUCUCUACUAAUUCCUGCCAUUUUUUCUGUCUAGAUUCUGCUAUAUUGCUUGCUAAAGAUUUCCUAGCUCAAUGGUUUCCUCACUGAAGGGAUUUUCAUUAAAUUUUUUAACAUACACCUUAUAUUGUGCCAUGACCUGCAGCUCCAUUCCAGAGAUAUACUCCUUUCUUGCUCCCCUUGGAAUAUGAUCUUUUGAGGAUUUUUUUCUCAUCCUAGUCGACCUUUUGAGCCCAGUUUCGUUUGAAAAGCCUCCAAGGGUCUGCUCUCUCAAGACUCAGAAAUGACCCUGACAAAACCAAAUUUCCAGCAAUUUGAAUCAAUUUUCAUGUUCUUGUUGAGAUCUCAAGGCUUGAAAAAAAAUUAACGUUUGACUACUGCAGGUUGUAGCUUGUAAAAAAUAAUGAAAUUCUAGGGAGGGAGGUGGGAAGGGAGGAAAUAAUGAUAAGUUAUGAAAAAAAAUUCCUAGCGUAAAAUGGAAGCAUUUAUCAAUUCGAUGCAAUAUCAAGAAAAGUUUAAUUCAUUUCCGGAACUCAUUCCUUUCAAUGCGAAACGCUCUGCCCAGUCAUUCUGAAUAUGUUUUCCAUACCGAACAGUGGAUUCGACUGAAGGUGGACUUUUUUUAUCAGUCGUUUAUCUAAUAAGACUACAUAGUUUCAAUUAAUUAAAUCACUGUUUACAGGGUAGAUAAACUCCUAAUUUUAAAUUCUAUCUCUCUAGUUAUUUCCUCUUGGUCGAUAUUUUUAUUAAGCUACGCUACAUUCUUGCUGAGUACUUGUGUAUUGAUUUGCCUGUGAAAAAUAUAGUGUCGACUUUGUGUUCAACUAUGAAAGUCACAUUACCCGAAAUAUUCCUCGGUUUGGUUUUUUUGAUCAGUUUCGUUUCUGCAAGACAAUUGAUAAAUAGCGACGGUGCCGUAAGUUAGAUUUUUUUCAUUUCAUUUCCUGUUUUUUGAAGUGUGAUAUCUUCAAGAAAUUAUAAACCACGACGUUCUUUUAACCGAAGAUGAUGCAGAAAUACGAAACCUGACAGCUGCUUUGGCCAGAAAGCAACGAAUCAUGGUCGAGACUACUAUAAUACUACCACGAACCAGAACAGUCGAUGUUAACAAACUCAGGCAAAAGAAAUCUCUGCUAAGCCGAAUCAAUUUGAAAAUUAAGCAAAAUUUGAAGAAACUCGCAGAUAAAGUUAGAAAUAGGAAGAAAAAUAAUUAUUGAAUAUCGUAUUCGUAAAAUCGAGCAAUUUGGGACAGUUUUUACCUACCAUGUAUAGUUUGAGUGGAGGAAGGACUGGUAAAAUAUUAACUAGCGUUGUGGAAAAAAUUUCAAGGUGUUGUGCAUGGUUAAAGUGACGACGUUUUUAAUGUGUUGAUAAAAAAAAUAUUGUUUAUCAUACGCUGAUUUAUAUAAAAAAAAAAUUAAGGAAAAAUAACUUACUGUCAUCUUCAAAUGUGAAACUGUCGAGUUAAUAAUUAGCACUAUUCAUUUUACUUUCGAUUUCUCAAGCUUUAAUUUGAGAUUGAGACAUUGGGCAAUUUUCUAGGAUUACGAAUAAACCAAAAAAAAGGAUAAUUUGUUCAUGAGAUUUUUAAUGUUGAAGGGCGAGUGCUGUCUGAAAAAAAGCUCUUCAGUUUUUAUCCCAAGUUUUUAUAUGUAAUAAAAAAUUUACCACUAUUUUGAACCUUUUUUUUUGGAAUUUUUUUACUGUCUCCUCACUCGCAAAAAAAGAUGAAGCUGCUGUUGAAACCUCCCUCCCUACUCCCCUGAUGUAGAUGUCAAUCAACCUAAAUUAUCCAAAACUUCUGAAAACCUGUCUCAAUCAGAAAUUUGUACAGAUUUGAUGACUUUACUUGAUGACUAAGUCAUUAAAAAACUAAAUCUUGUGAAAGAAAGGCGUAAGGUCUAUUAUUUCUGUGAGAAUGAUAUUACUUGUGAUGUAUGUUAAUUCUGUUUACCUAUCGUGGGGUUCAUUUUUUUUGUUCAAUUUUUACCUAGGUAUUUGUAAGUUUCAUUUGUUAUUUUUUUGAUAAAUUUUUCCAAUAAAGACCAAUUUUAUGCUAUC